AUGGCGUCACCGACUUCCUUCGUCACAUUCAAGGAUCCAGAACCUCGAGAUAUGUCGUCUGAAGGCGGAGCCGCUGAUCGAGACAUCACCCUCACCCUUACCCUCAAGCAUGCCGACAGUCUCCCUCAACCGUUCAAGGAGGGCAAGCGUCCCAGUCCCCCCAUGACAGGAACAAAACCGUGGAGCAUGAGAACAAAGACCUUUGUCGCCGAGCGGGACACGCAGGAUGUACUCAAAGCGAUCGAGACUUUCUUGCCUCAGCCGUAUCACAAGAACUUCCAGGACCUGUACAACAGCCAGCCCACCGGCACCGAUCUCCUCUCCUCUCAGCACUUCUCGAAUGAGGAAGGACUGGUCUGCAAGAUCCCGCUGAGCCCGACAUGGGCGAGCAGGGAGGAUGUGAUUUCAUUCGGUGGCGAAGUCAUCGUUGACGUCCGAGACUUCCUUGCCCAGGAAGACCGCCAAACAGCGCGUGAGAGCGUCCCGACCUGGGAUCGAAGCGCGUUUCCAGCCGGGAUGGCGGGCAGAGACUACCUGUCUGGGGAUGAGCAGGUACGUCUCGGUUUAUUGGCUGACAUCAUUUGGGACAUCGCGAAGGCGCAGAAGCAGAUGAAAUCGAUGAAGGCGGACUCGGCGGAUCCGCUCUUCUCGCCCAGGAUCGUGAAGGACCUCAGAGGGAUCCUGGAGAGGACCAUUUCAUCCGGCGGGUGCAGCGACGGCACAGAGACGCUUACCUCGCUGAUCGAUGCCAUCAUUGAGGAUGUGAAUCACCGGCGUCGGUGGUGGGGACCGACCGAGCGGCACAAUUCACGCAUGGGCACCGAGGAGGAUGAGGCACUGAGGCUACUCAAGGAGACUGGCGUCGUCCUAUGGGACACCGACAAGGACGGCUUGAUCCAGUCCAAGCCGGACAUCGCAGGCGGCCGCGGGAAACCGAGGUUGGACUGGGUCGGACGUAUGCUCGGCGGGUAG